AGACCGAAGCAAACGAACGAGGCAGAGAGAUAGAUAAAUCUCAUGCUUCUCGGCACUCAGAAAUUCCCUUUUCUUUCUCUCGUCGUCGUUGAUGGUGGUUACUGCCGCUACUUUCGCCGUAAAUGGGAGGCGGCGAUCCCUCCAUGUCAGACAUGGAAGAAGAGGAAGAGGAGAACAAUUCAACUGACAUUCUCUCACGAUUUAAACUCGUUGAUGCUCCUGCACUAAUUUUCGUUUGUUUCCACCAAGCUCUGCGCUCUGAACUCGAUCAGCUUCGUGUAUUCGCUGAAACGGCAUCGUUAGAGGAUGAUCCGCACCGUCUCCAAGAAAUAAUUGUUAAGCUUCAACAAAGAUUUCGGUUUCUGAAAAUAGCUCUUAAGUAUCAUUGCGCUGCAGAAGACGAGAUUAUCUUCCAUGCACUGGAUAAACAUGUCCAAAAUGUUGUUUGUACAUAUUCCCUUGAACAUAACAGCACCGAUGGGCUGUUUGAUUCUAUCUUACAGUCCUUGGAUGAGCUGAUGGGUUCUAAUGAGAAUGUUACCAAGUUGCUCCGAGAACUUGUGUACCGUGUUGGCAUCUUGCAAACCUCCAUCUACCAACAUAUGCUGAAAGAAGAAGAACAGGUUUUUCCUCUGUUGAUCCAGAAAUUGUCUACUAAAGAACAAGCCUCACUUGUGUGGCAAUUCAUAUGUAGUGUUCCUAUAAUGUUGCUGGAGGAAGUUUUGCCAUGGAUGGUAUCCUUCCUCUCAGCAGAUAAACAAGCAGAAGUUACUCAGUGUUUUAAAGAAAUUGCACCAAUGGAAAGAGCACUGCAAGAGGUUUUGGUUUCUUGGCUUGGAAGCAACAGACAAACCUUCACUGAGACAUAUUCUCAGAGUGAAGAACUUCAAGGUUCCCAUGGAUUGAUAUAUACAGAAAGAUUGUUUGGGCCGAGUUCUUGCAAUAGGAACUCCAAGGAAAUUUCAAGUAAGACGAAAGUGAACGGUAAGGAAACAGAAGAUGGGGUCAACCAGGUUAAAGUUCUUCAUCUUUGGCACAAUGCCAUCAAGAAGGAUUUGAAAGAAAUCCUGCAAGAAGCUUAUCUAAUAAGAAGUUCCAGCUGUUUUGAAAAUUUAGACUCAAUACUUAUCCAACUAAAGUUCUUGGCCGAUGUCCUCAUUUUCUACAGCAAUGCUCUGAAGAAAUUCUUUCAUCCUGUACUGGAAAAACUUUCCCAUGACUGCUUUUCCAAGUCUACUGAACAUUUUCUAGGUGAAAGUCACAUUGAAGUUAUACAACAGUUGCUAUUCUGUAACUCAGAAAGUGGAAUGCCUUUGCCCAAUUUUGUAGAAAAGCUUUGCGGAACACUUGAAAUAUUUGUAUCAGCAGUCAACAAACAAUUUUCUCUUCAAGAAAUUGAGGCGUUUCCUAUCUUUAGAAAGAACUGCAGAAAUGGAAUGCAAGUGAGACUUCUAAGCUUGAGCUUGCAUAUGAUGCCACUUGGGUUACUAAAAUGUGUUAUAACUUGGUUCUCAGUUCACUUGUCUGAAAAAGAAUCCAGGUCCAUUCUCUAUUGCAUAAGGGAAGGUAAUAAUUCUGUUGGUGACGCUUUUGCGCCAUUGUUACAUGAAUGGUUCCGCAUUGGUUAUUCAGGUAAAACCUCAAUUGAAAAGUUCCGACAGGACUUGCAGCAUAUGUUCAAAAGAAGGCACUCUUUUUCCUCUGAGAAAAUGAAGGAAACUUGUGGGUUUUCAUUCUUAAAUUCUGACAAGCAGCCACAUGAAAGUUGUAGCAAGAAUUGUUUGUCAUAUUCCUCAUCUUCUGGAUCCAAAAAUGUGAACAAGUAUGAGACACCAUACUCCACAGGAAUUAAUCUGCACAUAUUUUUCCCCGACACUGCUAUGAAGUUAAAUCAGUAUCCCAGAUUUCACGAAUCAAAUCCUUUUAUUUCCUUUCUUAACGAUCCAAAACCAAUUGACCUGAUAUUUUUCUUUCACAAGGCUAUCAAGAAAGAUUUGGAUUACCUAGUUCUUGGCUCAGCUCAGUUAGAGGAACAUGGUGAGAUGGUUAUAGAUUUCCACAAACGAUUCCACCUCAUAUGUUUUCUUCAUCAAAUCCAUAGUGAUGCAGAGGAUGAGAUAGUUUUUCCAGCCUUGGAGGCAAUAGGUCAACUCAAAAACAUUAGCCUUGCCUACGCCUUUGAUCACAAACAUGAAGUUGAGCACUUCAGUAAAAUAUCUCGCAUUCUUGAUAAGAUGUCUGAAUUACAUCUUUCAGUUUCUACUACUGAUUCAAGGAUAAGGGACAAGAGAAUGCUAAGACGUCAUCAUUUAAUCAAGAAGCUUCAAGAAAUGUGCAAAUCAAUGAAUAAGUUACUUUCUGAUCAUAUAAACCGUGAGGAAAUAGAAAUUUGGCCUAGAAUUAGAGAAUUCUUCUCGAAUCGGGAGCAAGGGAAUAUCAUAGGAUGCAUUCUUGGAAGAAUAAGUGCAGAAAUAUUACAAGAUAUGAUACCUUGGCUAAUGUCAUCUUUAACACAGGAAGAGCAACAUGUUUUAAUGUUCUUAUGGUCCAUGGCUACUAAGAAUACGAUGUUUGAUGAAUGGUUAAGCGAAUGGUGGAAUGGGUACAGUUUAGCCAAGGUAACAGAUGGAUCAAAAGAUGCUCCUCUACGGAAUGCUGAGCCACUGGAGAUUAUAACCAAAUAUUUGUCUGAAGAAGUUCUUAAUGAAUUACAAGUAGAAUCUUCUGCCAUCGAAAGCAUAGAUUUUUGGCAGAAGGAUCAUAUUGGUGAUAAUUUUGAUUUGUCCAACAACAGUGUUGAUGACAAUGAUAAGGUUCAAUGUCCUGAAAAAACUUUCGGUCAAUGUUCAAAAUGCACAAAUCAAUUUCAUGAUAUUAAGAAACAUACCUGCAAUGAAGUAACAGCUACCAAAAAUCCGAUCUACCAUGAAAGUCAGUCAUUUCAAUAUUUUGACAAGUCCAGGCAUUAUGACCGACUUCUGAAAUUGAGUCAAGCUGAUCUGGAGAGGGUAAUAAGAAGGGUGUCUCGUGACUCUUGUUUAGAUCCUCGGAAAAAGUCAUACAUAAUACAGAGCCUACUAAUGAGCCGUAGGAUUAUUAGACAACAUAUAUCUUCUACAGAUGUCAAUAUCAAAAGCGAUGGACAGGAAUUUCCUGGGAGACAUCCAUCUUACAGGGACCCUCUGAAACAAAUCUAUGGUUGCAAACACUACAAGAGGAACUGUAAGCUUUUUGCUCCCUGCUGCAACCAACUUCAUGCUUGCAUUCAUUGCCAUGAUGAGGCAUCCGAUCAUUCAAUUGACAAAAAAUCUGUCACAAAGAUGAUGUGUAUGAAGUGCUUGAUGAUUCAACCAAUCAAUGCCACAUGCUCAUCAGUUUCUUGCUGUAAUUUAUCCAUGGCAAAAUAUUACUGCAGGAUCUGCAAAUUAUUUGAGGAUGAAAGGGAAAUUUAUCACUGUCCCUAUUGCAACUUAUGCCGAGUUGGAAAGGGUUUGGGUGUUGACUAUUUUCAUUGUAUGAAUUGCAAUGCUUGUAUGGCUCGCUCUCUUAUGAUACAUGCAUGCAGGGAGAAAUCUUUAGAGGAAAACUGUCCGAUUUGUCAUGAAUAUAUCUUUACAUCCCUCUCUCCGGUAAAAGCCCUCCCAUGUGGUCAUGUGAUGCACUCAGCAUGUUUUCAGGAAUAUACUUGCUUUAACUAUACCUGCCCAAUAUGUAGCAAGUCACUUGGAGACAUGCAGGUAUAUUUUAGGAUGUUAGAUGCAUUAUUGGCUGAGGAGGGAAUUUCUGACGAGUUUUCGGGUCAAACUCAGGUUAUAUUAUGUAAUGACUGUGAAAAGAAAGGAGCAGCUCCAUUCCACUGGCUUUACCAUAAAUGCCCUUAUUGUGGUUCCUACAACACUAGAGUUCUAUGAUUCUUCCGGUGUGAGCAUAGAUAUUUGCUUCUCCUAGCUUCUUUGUAUUUAAACAUUAGAUUAUACUUUGUUUUUUAGUUUUUAUCUCUAUCGCUUAUGCCAGAAUAAUCCUUCUAAUGUAAUAAUAAUUUCAUUGUUACCCAUGACAUUUAAUUGUUUAAAAAUCUUCCUUUAUUGUGCAAUUAUUCAGAAUCAUCAUUGCAUUUUCAGUUUCAGUCUGAAAAGCAAGAAAUGAUAUUCAUGACAACUUUCUGAUAGUA